AUGCAGUUCUUCAGGUACUGGCACAAAAUGCGUCAUGACAAGAUCUUGUCUGGUUACUUGGAGGCCUCUCGGUGGAUAAUAUUUAAUCAAAUCUAUGGUCUAGCCAAGCCAAUGGGAUUAGUUGAAGGCCCAGGAGGUUUGGGCCAAGGAGGAAUGGCUGCCACACUGAGAGACGACAGCCAUGAAUCUGAAACGAAAUACGAAGAAUAUGGUUAUAAUGCGCAACUGAGCGAUCGGAUUUCCUUGGACAGAUCUAUUCCAGACUAUAGACCCAAAAAGUGCAAACAGAUGUCCUAUCCCGAAGACCUCCCCCAAGUCUCGGUGGUCUUCAUUUUUGUAAAUGAAGCCCUGUCUGUCAUCCUACGCUCAGUUCACAGCGUUGUGAAUCACACGCCAUCCCACUUGCUCAAGGAGGUCAUUCUGGUGGACGACAACAGCGACAACGUUGAGCUGAAGUUUAAUUUGGAUCAAUACGUUCACAAAAGAUACCCAGGUUUGGUGAAAAUAGUCCGCAAUAAUAAACGAGAAGGGUUGAUCCGAGCAAGAAUCCAAGGAUGGAAAGCUUCAACGUCUCCAGUUGUCGGGUUUUUUGAUGCUCACGUUGAAUUCAACACUGGCUGGGUGGAACCAGCCCUGACCCGGAUUAAAGAGGACCGCAAACGGAUUGUCUUACCUGCUAUAGACAACAUCAAGUACAAUACUUUUGAAGUGCAACAGUAUGCCAACGCUGCCCACGGCUACAAUUGGGGUCUCUGGUGCAUGUACAUCAUCCCACCACAGGACUGGCUGGACAGAGGAGAUGAGUCUGCACCUAUCAGGACACCAGCCAUGAUUGGGUGUUCGUUUGUGGUGGAUCGAGAGUACUUUGGAGAGAUUGGCCUGCUUGAUCCGGGCAUGGAGGUUUACGGAGGAGAAAACAUUGAACUCGGUAUGAGGCUGAAUUUUUACCUGUGCAUCCUGUAG